AAACAAAGAGUGUCAACAUUUCGAUCGUCGCGUAGAAAAAAAAAGCAAAACAUAUUUCGAGCAAAAAGUUAGAAAUUUUCACACAACUUAUUUCGGUUUUCUGGUCGGUUACCAUUAUCCAAAAAUGGAAAACGAUGACCCCGUAGAAGAACGUUCGGAGGAAGCUUCCAAUCGGGUUGUGACAAGUGCAGCGGCGGAACGCAAUGAAGGUAACAGUGAAGCUGCUGCUGAUGUGUUGCGAAACGCGCCGUCUCCUGCUGCGGUGCCAGUGGCGGCUCAACAGGACGGAGACGGAAAUGGGCAGCCACAUCCGGAGGAACGCGCUUGGGACGUCGAAGAUCUCGAAGCAGCAGUUCAGGAUGCGGAUUCUGAUGACACACGCCCUUGGGGUGAUGAGAGCCCUCCCAACUCGGACCCGGCAGGUUCUUGGGGACGUGAAAGUCCUGAAGCAGUAGCUCCUUGGGGCGACGAGAGUCCCGCUGCAGACGAUGCACGCCCUUGGGGCGAGGAAAGUCCGCCCAAUGUGGAACCAGGAGCUCCUUGGGGGUAUGAGGAGGAUAUGGCUGACGCAGUAGUUCAGGAAGACUUUGUUCCUUGGGGUGAAGAGGAUCGUGUAGAAGACGGUCAGGAUGCAAUAAUAGUACCCUGGGGUGACGAAAGCCCACAGAGCCCCGAGCCGGCAGCUGCUCAAGAUGGGGACUCCGAUGUGAGCAUCGUUGAUGGCGGUGCGGAAUCUUCAUCGGAGAACGGAAUGGACCGUUCUAGUAAUUCCUCGGAAAAUGGACUGGACGACUCCGAUGCGGAUCGACUGUUUGAUGAUUAUAUUCAAAACCGCGAGCAGCAGCAGGAUGCAGAAAUUUACAAUACAGAACUUCCAACGGAACAUGCGUAUCUCGGAAAGCUGGAACGUGUCGAAGGAGUUGACUACUUAGAACCAGGAAAAACUUACUGUCUUCCGGUAUACAGCCAUCAUUCGAUUGUGUUCCCGGGAGAGGUCGUUCCAAUGAUUCUCAAUGCUGCCUCGCUAAACUACGAAGACCAAUCGGAUGGCGUAAAAUUUGGACUGCUGUUCAGGACAACAUUCCCGAACAACUACAUUUACGGAGUCACCUGUCAGGUGUUCGAGAGAGGCGAACAAGACUUGAACGGAUCAAUCAUCCUCAAAACUGUGGCCCAGCAGAGGUUCCAUGUCGUUCGUCAAGUGCCCAACCGAAGGGCGGAAGUGAAAAUCCUGCCGGAGAUAAUCCUCCCGGAUCCGCUGCUGAGUAGCUGUUCCAACCUGAUGAAACGCCACGCGGUCAGCAAUAGCAAAAAGUACUCGCACCGGUUCAAGUCUUUCGUUUCGCAUGCAAUGACGUGGCCAAAGUUCGUGUACGAUUUCUACGGCACGGAAGACGUGCUCACUAAAGUGGAUCGGUAUCUGGCGUUCCUGAAGAUAACCAGCGUGCCGAGCGAUCCCGUCAAAUUGUCCUUCUGGCUGGCCCGGAAUAUUCCCAUUGACGAGCGGGAUCGCAAGUUGAUCUACCAGGCCGAUGCCGUGAUAAGCCGGAUGUUGAUCAUCAACAAAUCGCUGGAUCAUAUGUGCUACUUUUUGUGCAAACGGUGCGACAAUGAGAUCGGUAGCUAUAACGACAUAUUUGCCAUGAACAAGCAAGGCGUUCAGACGAGCUACUGCAACCCGUCCGGAUAUGUGCACGAAACACUGACCAUUUACAAGACGAAGGAAAACUCGACCUUCACCGUGGAUCGACCGUCGACGGAGUUCAGCUGGUUUCCGGGGUACUCGUGGCAGAUAACGCUCUGCUGCAACUGCCGGCAACACCUGGGAUGGAAGUUUGUGGCCACCAAGAACAACUAUCUGCCGAAAAGUUUCUAUGGCCUGUCUGGAAACAACAUCAAAGUGAAAUCAGUCAACGAACCGAGUACUUCCCGUCGGGCUGGCACAGACCGGGCACAGACCCCAGCCGUGGAUAGCGAAGAAGCCGAAGACCAACGGCAGAUGCAGCUGCAGCAGCAGCAACGCGUCCGACGGAUACAGCAGCUGCGGCGGCAACAGCGCCGCCAGCAGCGAAUGGACCAAGGGGAAGUGGUCGCCAAUGAGGACGAAGACGAUGACGACGACAUUAGUGACGAUGAUCUGGUGUACGAGGUGAUCGAUUUCGGCCGCCAGAACCGAGCCGCAAUCAACAUUAAUGCCAAUGCCGAUGCUGCCGUACAAGCUAAUGCUCCGGUUUUGAUGCUGGAGAGAAUCGAUGACGAAGAAACCGAGGAGGGAGCAGACGACGAGGAAGACGAGGAUCGAUUUCAGGAUGCGAGGGAGUGAGAUGCUCUCCCAUUAUCAUGAUCAUGACCGUCUUUUGGUUUUUUUCUCUGCGAGCUUGUGUCUAUUUAAAAAUUUGAGCAAAAAGUUUUUGGUUGUUCUCAAGAUGUAUUCGUACCGUGCUGUUGGUUUAAAUAAAUAAUAGCGAUAAUGCUAUUUAGCGAAAAGA